AUGGAUACGACGCAAUUUGAAAAUGACGUGCAACGAGUUCCAUGGCAAAAUAUAUUCCAUAUGGAUAAUGUUAAUGAUAAGGUUCAAUUUCUGUGUUGGAAUAUGUUACACUUGGUCAAUAAUUACACGUCCGUUCGAACUAUUAAGGUUACUAAGCGGAAUGAACCUUGGAUAACAACAACUAUCAAAAUUGCAAUGAACUUACGGAAUAAAGCUUUGAAAAAAUUUAAGACAACUAAACUGCAUACUGACUGGUCCUAUUACAAAAGUUUGAGGAACCAAGUAAACUUCAUGGUUAAGCAAGAAAAGGCAGCUUUUUUCAAGCACAAGAUUAAUUCUAACAAUAAACAACUCUGGAAAGAGUUAAAGCAACUUUUAUCUCCAAAUAGUGUACAACCUGACUUACCCGCCCAUUUAGAUAAUCCAGAAGCUAUAAAUACCUUCUUUGUAAAUUCAAUUCCUAACUCAAAUGACCAAAACGUAACUCAGUUGAUCAACUUUUAUAAAAAUAAUAAAAUAAUUCAUAAUCAGUCUUUUAAAUUCUCUACUGUCGAAACAAGCCACGUUGCGAAAAUCAUAAGUGGUAUCAAGUCAACUGCUUAUGGUUCCGAUGGAAUUAAUAUCAACAUCCUAAGACUAUUCUGCCCAAUUAUCGAACCAUACCUUACUCAUGUUAUAAAUAUGGUACUUUUAACAAGUAUUUAUCCGGAAGCCUGGAAAAAAGCUGUGAUAACUCCAUUGCCAAAGACACCUCGCCCAAAUGAAUUUAAAGACUUGCGCCCGAUAAGCAUAUUACCAGUGAUGUCCAAAAUAAUAGAAAAAAUAAUGAAUGACCAGCUCAGAGCAUACGUUGACGCAAAACACAUAAUUCCUGAUCACCAAUCCGGCUUUAGGCCGAAUUAUAGCUGCACCACAGCUUUGAUCGAUACUGUCGAUGACAUUAUUACUGCUACUGACUCCAAACUCAUCUCUGUCUUGGCACUGUUAGACUAUAGCAAGGCCUUUGACACUAUCAAUCACGGCAUUCUUCUCUCUAUUCUGGAAAGCAUUGGAUUGUCAUGUCAAGCAGUGAAAUUGUUUGAUAGUUACUUAACUGGACGGUGUUAUGAUGAAGAGAUAUUAAAUUCGGCCGCUAGUUUCUUAUGGGGUCCUGCUUUGGGAUUUGGACUAUACUAA